CUGCUCUGGUGCAACCCUACACAGGUAGCAGCCUCAUGCACAGGUAGACGGACUCCGGACACUGAUUCAUCAACUACUUUUAUAACAGAUCUUACAGGAUGAACAAAGAGUACACCGAGGUCAGUCCCUAUGAUCCCUCCGUCGACACCUACACCACCACCCUGUCCGGGGUGAAGGUCGAGUUCAACUCCAAGCACAAGAAGUGUCGUUACGUCCGCAAAGAUGGCAAGUGCAAUGUCCUGUUCCGCCAUGUUCCUGAGGAGUGCCUCAUGUACGUCACAGACAUCUUCACCACGCUGGUGGAGAUCAGGUGGCGUGUCAUGUUCCUCAUCUUCGCCCUCUCCUACAUCUUCUCCUGGCUCUUCUUCGGCAUCCUCUAUUGGGUGAUUGCCAUGGCUAACGGAGACAUGAAGGACCCUAAUAAUGCCCCCUGUGUGUACGAGGUGAGGGACUUCACUGGGGCAUUCCUCUUCUCACUGGAGACCCAGACCACGAUCGGUUAUGGUUUUAGAGGGAUGUCGGAGAACUGCAUGGUGGCCAUCAUCAUUGUGACAGUGCAGGACGUCAUCAGCUGUUUUAUUGAUACGUUUAUCAUCGGUAUUGCUGUGGCGAAGAUGGCAUCGGCACGGAAACGGGCGCAGACGGUGGGCUUCAGCAACUGCGCCGUCAUUAACUUGCAAAACGGGCAGUUGUGCCUGUCUUGGAGGAUCGGGGACUUCCGCCGGCACCACAUGGUGGAGGGGAAGGCCCGCGCCCAAAUCUUCCGCCCCAACAUGCACGCCACGGGCAGGGAGGACGUCCACUACAAGGACCUGGAAAUCAAACAGAGUGAUAUCAUUUUAGCGAUACCAACCACCAUCUUCCACAUUAUUGAGCCCAGUAGUCCACUCUACCGCAUAAGCCUAGAGGAGCUUCGGAAAGACGACUUUGAGCUAGUGGUGUCCUUCACCUACACAGACGACUCGACGGGCAUCCUGCACCAGACCCGCACCUCCUACACGCCCGACGAGAUCCACUGGGGACAUCUGUUCCAAGAGAUGCUGAAUGUAAACCGGAGAUACUACAAGGUAGACUACUCCAUGUUCCACCAAACUACUAAGGUCCUGGUUCCGGAGGUCAGUGCGGAGGAGUACGAGCAAAAAGGUUUUGGUGUUCCCCACGUCACUCCCCGUGCCCCAAAUGCCCAUGCAUUAAUCGCAAACCCCCGACUGGUGAAUGGCACCCUAGAACCUGAGGUACAUGUAGCCACGGUUGCUACUAUCGCACCAGUUUGCGACGAUCACGGACAUUUGUGUCUUCUAAGGAACCCCAUUCUGACAUGACGAUGCCAACACAAUUUCAUUGAAGCUGGCCAAUGGCCAUUCAGAAACAAAUGAACUCAAGGACAAUUUGAUAAUUUCUGCACAGGCAACAGUAAGAGCAGGCAGGCAUUUUGUGCAGGCUGGCAUGGUGGUGUGUUCUUAGUGGAAUUUGCUUGCAGGAAGUAAC